AUGGCAUGGUACCCACGAGGAAUCAAGAGAACUAGAGAAAGCCCAAACUUGACAUGGAAUCAUGAUAUUAGGAAAUUAGCAGGGAUAACUUGGGUCCACAUACCCAACAAUAGACAACAAUUGGGCCCAACUACAAAGAAGAAAAACUAUCUCUGCCCUGGUGAACUCCACCAUUCUAGAGAUUUGUUGACUACCCAUUGUUUUGUGGUCGUUCUUUUGACUACUUUUGCAAGUUCUGAAUCUAUGAAUAGCAUUGAUGAGUCUCGUUUGCUUUGGUUUGAUGAAUGUUACACUGAUCUGAAAAGUGGAGCUGAAAGUGGUUGGGACUUCACAUCCAGAUGGAUCUUCGACUCAUCUGGUGAACCUAAUAAUGAUCUAACCCAAAUAGAAACAAGACGUAACAUUCCCGUCGACUUGAACGCUUUCUUGUACAAAUCGUUCAAGCAGAUGCACUAUUUCAACGUAGUUCUACGUCAACAGGCCGAUGCUAAGUACUGGUUAGACAAAGCCGAAGAAUGGAGGUAUAAUAUGGAGAAGGUGUUAUACGAUCCUGAAGAUGGAAUAUGGUACGACUAUGACCUGAAACUCAAUAAACCGAGGAAGUACUUUGCCGCCUCUAAUUUUGCACCUCUAUGGGCUGACGCUAUAGACGACGAUGUCAAAAAAGAACGCGGAAAUAACGCUGUAAGAUACUUAAAGAAGUUCGGAAUAUUGGAUUAUCACGGAGUACCAUCUACCCUAUUUUCAUCCGGACUGCAGUGGGACUUCCCCAAUGCCUGGUCUCCCUACCAGAACAUGAUCAUAUUCGGUCUGGAAAGAUCCGGCGAUGAAGAAGCCCAAGAAGUGGCCAAAAUGUUGGCCCUUAAGUGGGUUCAAUCCAACAUUAAAGCGUUCAACGAAAAUAAAGUUAUGUUCGAUUCCUGUUCCCGACUGCAGUGGGACUUCCCCAAUGCCUGGUCUCCCUACCAGAACAUGAUCAUAUUCGGUCUGGAACGAUCCGGCGAUGAAGAAGCCCAAGAAGUGGCCAGAAUGUUGGCCCUUAAGUGGGUUCAAUCCAACAUUAAAGCGUUCAACGAAAAUAAAGUUAUGUUCGAAAAAUAUAACUCAAUGACCAGCGGUCAGUUCGGUGGUGGGGGUGAGUAUCACAUCCAAUCCGGAUUCGGCUGGACCAACGGCUGCAUCAUGGAGAUUGUCGAUCACUUUUUUCGAGUCAAAAAAAGAAGACAUGUGGAUAUGCAAGAUUAAUAUUACUAUGCUAUGUCGAGAGUUACUGAUGUUUAAUAUGAAAGUUCCUUUUUUGAAAUAGUUAAAGUUUUCAAGUAGUUUGUUGAAUAAAAAUAAAUGUUUUUAUAAAUA